AAACCGAUGACUUACAAGGGAAAUCGCAGUCCUUUGGUUGUAUAUCAAUUGCUUUCCCGUUUACAUAUCCUCCUCCUUCUCUAAAUAAAUCUUCUUCCUCUAUACUCCUCCGCAAUCACACGUUUUCUCUCAUCAGCCCGCCAUAAUCACACAUUCUCUCGCCGGUUCGCCGUCAUCAUCACAACACAUCUCCCAUCAUGAACGCUUCAAGAACAGUCCUCCGCGCGCAGCGAUGUGCUCGCUUCUCACAAGCUCCCAUGGGUGCUCGCCGGUAUGCCUCUGAGGCUACCAAGGCCGGCGGCAUGGGCGCCGUCGGUGGUGGUCUGGUCGGUGGUGGAGCCGUCCUCGCUGUUCUCUACGGUUACUACCACUUCUCCGGCGUCAAGACUGCCGUCCAGACCGCACAGAGCGCCAAAGGCUACGUGGACGAUGCCCUGAACAAGUUCAAGCUCCAGCUGCCCGACGCGCCCUCCAACGCAAACGACGCCCUCUCCAUCCUCAAGGACACCGCCACCAAGUACGCCGCCUUCAUCCCCGGCGGCCGCGGCUACGUCGACAGCGCGUUCAAGGACGUCGAGGCCAUCCGCAAGAACCACGGCUCGGAGGUCGACAAGAUCGUCCAGGACGCCUACAACGACGUCCGCAAGAUCUCUUCCGAGGGCGUCAGCCUCGACUCCGCCGGCAAGGUCUUCGACGUCCUCGCCAACCACCUCACCCGCCUCUACGACGUCGCCGGCGACGCCGCCGAGGACAUCCUCGAGAACCACCCCGAGCUCAAGGAGAAGUACGGCAGCUCCAAGGAGCAGAUCCAGAAGUUCAGCGAGCAAUACCGCGGCGAGGCCACCAAGCAAUUGAAGGAGGUCCGGGGGCAGGUCCAGGACAUCUUCAAGACCGGCCUCGACUGGCAAGCCGUGGGCAAGAUCCAACAGUUGGUCGAGGACCUGAUCGAGAAGGGCAAGAAGGCCGGCAACGAGGUCUCCAAGCAGGCCAACGAGAAGGGCGGCGAGGCGCUCAAGCAGGCCAAGCAACAAGGCAGCGAGGCACUCAACUCGGCCAAGCAGCAGGGCGAGUCCCUGCUGAGCUCCAGCCCCCAGAUCAAGAAGUUCUUGGAGGAGAACUCCGACGCGUUGAAGAACGUGAGCAUCUCCGAGGUCUUGGAGAAGGUCCAAGAAGCCGCCUCGUCUGGCGACAUCAAGCCUCUUGAGGAGUACGUCAAGAAGGUUGCUGGAAAGAAAUGAAGAGAGAACACCGCAUGACGCAUUUUCCAUCAUCCAUCAUCCACCUCCCAAUCAUGAAUGUAACAUUAAUGCCGCCGGUGUCGACGUCAGCGGACGAAGCUGGGGAUAGACCGACAUGGUCUCCAGGUUUAAGAACAAGAAGACCAUCCCGCGCCCACAGAGCGCACUCCACGCGCCGGGUCGAGCACCGAGCAUCGAAAAGUCCUUCUGCAUUUUCAGCGCGUGUACAUAUUUCGAUGAGACUAUAAUGACCAAACAAUUAAAGAAAUCAUCACCGAGGGGAAAAGCUCAUCGAAAGGCCCGUAAGCCAAUCCAAUCGGUUUAUCGGUUGACACGAUCAAUCAUCAAAAAGCGAACUCUCAUUCCAUUCCAUUCCAUUCUAUCCGGCUCACUAUAGAACCAUCCAUACUU